AUGCAAGGAAGAUAUGCCAAAAUGGCGUUAGGAGUAGCGAGGAAUACCCCGAUGUACAUCUGGAGAGUGGAGUUAGGCUUGGAGAGUAUUGAAUACACCUGCAGGAAGAGAGCCAUAAAAUACUGGGAAGAUAUACUAGCGAUGAAAGAGGGUAGAUGGCCAAAAGCAUGUCUGAUGGAGGAGAUGAGAUGCAUUAUCAAUAACAGACCCACGAAAUGGGGAUGCAAAGUGAUAGAGAGACUAGAAGAGAUGGAGGCAGUGGAAGUCUGUCGCUGGAUCUGGGAGGGAGGUAAGGAGGAAGUAGUAAUAAUGAAGCUGAAAGAAGAUCUCGACAACUGGUGGAAACAGAAGCUAGAGAAGGAAUGGUGA